AAAUGUAUCGAUAAGUUGCUAUAACAGCUGCUGGGAUCAUGAUACCUUCCCCCAAAACGACCUCAUAGAAGCAAAAGGAAAACAGCAUAGUCUAGCCUGCUGUAAAAUCAUUAAUUAUUCACAAUUCCCGAGGGUUGGUUGCCGAGCAAGUGGAUUCAAACGAUGGACAUCAAGCUUAAAGAUAAGAAGUGGACUGCUACAUACACCGAAAUGUUGCUGGAACUUUACAUGGAACGACAGGAGCAGUUUAAAGAUCCGCGACGCAAGGUCAAAGAUGUCUGGGGCGAGAUGGUGGACUUGCUGACCAAUGAGGGAAUGACCGACAUUGAUGCCGUGCAGCUGGACCGGAAAUUCAGGAACCUCAAGAAGACGUACUUCUCCAUCCGCAACAAAAUCAUCAGAUUAUCAGAUUAUCAGCCAAACUGGCAGUUCUACGACCAGAUGGCUGAGAUCCUUAAGGACGAGGCUCCGCCUGGCACCCAGGUGGUCCUGAGCUACGAUGAUUACGACCACUCAAACCCAAUGGCCUCGUUCCUCGUCGACGACAACGACGAAGCGGAGUCGGAGAUCUCAAUCCUGGGCGGCAAUCAAGAGGCAGUCUUUUCACCUGCCCAGGUGCUUCCCAACCGCAAGCGGAAUUCCAAGGACGGCGGCGAGCAGCGACCAAAGAUAAAAAGGUACAACAUUAUGCGUUCGGAACCGCAACCGGAUCAGAUCGAGGUGUACAAUGCCGCCGAGCCUGAGGUUAGCAUCGUAGAGACCAAGGAGGAGCAGGAGUUAUCCAUUGGCAGCACCGAGCAGGCGUUGAAGCAUUUGAGGGCCCUCCAGGAGUUCGCCAUGAUCCAGGACAAUUUUCGGGCCAUUGGGCUGCUCAUGCAGGCGGAACAUGCCAUUCAGUAUCCGCCCAAGGCCAAGGACUUUGAGGUGGAGUCGUGAAAGUAAUGAAAUGACCUUUUAACUAGAGCCUAGUUAGCAUAAUAAAUUAUUUAUAUAUAUUUAGCUUUACAAAACAAAAAAAUGAAUUUUAGCACUACAUUAGAGCUUUACUUUCUUUGGCUUAAGCUUAAUUAAGAAUAUAAUUUAUAAUUAUAAACUGGAA